GAUACUUUGUCUCUCUCUGGGCGGGACUUCAAGUUGACUCUAAUAGCAAGACGUUCACGUCAUUAUGCUGGUACCAGAUAUCUGAAACGAGGCGUAAAUGAAAAGGGUAGAGUUGCAAAUGAUGUUGAGACUGAGCAGAUUCUAUUUGAGGAUGUUCCAGAAGAUUUCCCAGUGCAUAUUAGUUCUGCUGUUCAAAAUCGUGGGUCUAUCCCGCUCUUUUGGUCUCAGGAAACUUCACGACUAAAUAUCAAGCCCGAUAUUAUAUUGUCAAAGAGGGACCAGACAUAUGAAGCUACAAGACUUCAUUUCGAGAAUCUUGCUGUGAGAUAUGGGAACCCCAUCAUUAUUUUGGAUCUGAUUAAGACCCAAGAAAAAAGGCCUCGGGAGUCUAUCCUUCGCACCGAAUUUGCUAAUGCAAUUGAAUACAUCAAUAAAGAUCUGUCUGAGGAGAAUCGACUUAGAUUUCUCCACUGGGAUUUGAACAAGCAUUCACGAAGCAAAGCUACAAAUGUCUUGUUUUCUCUGGGAAAAGUGGCUACAUAUGCAUUGAAUUUGACUGGUUUCUUCUAUUGUCAAGUAACACCAGCCUUAAGAUCUGAGGGAUGUCUGAAAUGGCCCAUAUUUGAGAAUGCUGCUGCUAGUAAUAUGGUUCCUUUGAAACAUUUUGACCCUGAUGUUGAGAAACAAUAUAAUAAUGACGUCGGUGACUCAGAUAACUCAGAGGGAAAAUCUAGUGGAUGUAAUAAUGUGAGUAAUGGCUAUCCUUCAAUGAAACCACCAAUGUUCCAAAGGGGGGUGCUAAGGACAAAUUGCAUAGAUUGUCUGGAUCGUACUAAUGUGGCACAAUAUGCAUAUGGAUUGGCUGCUUUGGGUCAUCAACUCCAUGUUUUAGGAGUUACAAAUUCAACAAAGAUAGACCUUGAUGAUCCUUUGGCAGAAGAAUUAAUGGGGUUCUAUGAGAGGAUGGGUGAUACACUUGCUCAUCAAUAUGGUGGCUCUGCAGCUCACAACAAGAUAUUUUCAGCGAAGAGGGGCCAGUGGAAAGCUGCAAUUCAAUCGCAGGAGUUCUUUAGAACUCUUCAGAGAUAUUACAGCAAUGCCUACAUGGAUACAGAAAAACAAAAUGCUAUUAAUGUGUUUUUGGGACACUUUCAGCCGCAAGAGGGUGGGCGUGAUAUAUGGGAACUGGACUCCGAUCAGCAUUACUUUGUGGGUAGGAAUGGGGAAAGCUAUGCUGGUGACAAUGGAAGGUCGCUCUUCCAAAGAUCAUUCUCAGAUGGGAAUAUUCUUCAUGAAAGUCAAUUUCCCAUAUCAACUCGCAGUAUUGGAAAGUGUCUUUCUAAGUCUAACCUGUCUCAUCAGUCAAAAGAAGGGAGCAAAGUGCUCUCUGAAUCGACACCAGAAAUAUCAACUUGUGGAAGUGAUUUGACAUAUUCAAGGUAUGCUCAAACAGUUCCUGGAAGGGAACUUUUUGUAGAAAUGCAAAGAGAUCAAUCCCUGGAACACCGAAAUGCAGAUGCAUAUGACUGCUCCAACUUUGUUGACUUAGAUUGGUUGUCUUCUUCUGGGAAUUCCUGUGAGGAAGAGUUAUUGGACAGGUCAUUGUUCACAAACUCGCCAAUAGGUGGACUAUCAUCAGAGAAUGUUGUCAGUAACAUAGUGGGGGAAGCAACUACUCCAUUCUCCAGUGAAGGUGGAUGUAGCAUGAAUGUUGGUAUUUCAGUUACUUCACAAGUAAUCGAAAAUGCUGGAGCAGAGGCAUCCUAUAGUGAUACCCAGAGCUUUGUAGUUGUCGAGGAACUUUCAGAUAGCUUUGUACGUUGGAUAAACUAUGGAGAGACACUGUGUCAUUGAUGCCUUUGAACAUUGUAAUUCAUGCCUUUUUCUGCGAGUCGUGAUAGUAAACGGGCCGGCACCUUCAACUCAUUCUAGCACUGGCAUGCCUCAUGUUUGGAAAAAUGUUGCGUGAGCAGUAUAUGAGGAAACACACCACAUCUGUUGUAUCAGCAUUCUUUUUACAAUUUUUCCUGACUAAGCAAACCAUCUAGGCUUGCAUUUAUUUGAUUGUUGAAAUCAUCGGUCCAGUUGGAUAAAUGGAUACCACUAGUACAUAGCCAACAGUUAUAAAAUUCUUUGUGGAAGUCUUUUCACGGAAUGUAGGUUCCAAUGUUGUAAAUAGACAGGUUUGACUUGCUAAAGCUCCAUUCGACAAUUGUAGAACAAUUUUUCAGUGCAAACACAUACUUCCAUAUAUUGGAAGUGACGUCUAAUCGUGAAAUAAGCUCUUGAAGAAACUAAAUUGCUACUUGUAUGGUC